AUCACCACUGGCGCCUCAUUGCACUCAGUGCUAAGUUUUCAAGUCCACCUCGAGCCAUGAUGCUCUCAAACGCGAGCUUUCUGCUGCGUUCGGUCACGAGGAGUCCGAAUAUUACGCACACCUUUGUCUCCAGAAAUGAUUCUUUGCCAGUUGACCGCUGGACAGAAAGAAUGGCUUUACCGAUAUUAAUGUUUGCUGGGGGCGCCGUCGGGAAUAUAAUAGCAAUCAUCGUUCUGUCCCUAUCGAGACAGGAGAGGAAAAGUUCUGCGUUCUACACUCUGGUGUGCGGGCUGGCAGUGACCGACUUGUUGGGUACGUGUCUGGCCAGCCCGCUGACCAUCGCCAACUACUUGGACCGACAGGUGCUGCAAGGCGGGACCCUGUGCGACUUUCACUCUUUCUUGCUGCUCUUUUUCGGUCUUACUGGCCUGAGCAUCAUUUGCGCUAUGGCUGCGGAGCGCUACCUGGCUAUCUGCUGCCCUUACUUGUACCGGCGGUGGAGAGUGGACCGCCGUUUCGCGCAAAUCUUCCUGAUCUUCAUGUACGUCACCAACGUCCUAUUCUGCUGCCUCCCGGUGAUGGGCGCGGUGCAGAGCAACUUGCAACCUUCUGAAACCUGGUGCUUUAUCGACCUGAGGACCCCCGAGCCCCUUGCCGCGGUGUACUCAGUUCUGUACGGCGCGGUGAGCGUGAUGCUCAUCGUGGGGACCACCGCGCUCAACGUGGCCGUGUGCGGCGCACUGUUGCUCAUGCGUCGGAGGAGCGUGAGGAGGACGACCGACAGCUGCAGGAGCAGCAUAAAAGACAGGUGGAGGGCGCUCUCCUCCGCUGCCGAGAUACAAAUUAUGACCGUGCUGGUGAUGACCUCGCUCGUGGUUCUGGCCUGCUCGGCUCCGCUCGUGGUCCGUGUGUUCACCAACCGUUUCAUGCUGGAAAAUGACCCUGAAGCUGACUUAGCAGCCAUCCGGAUCGCAUCCGUCAACCCCAUCCUGGACCCCUGGAUCUACAUCCUCCUCAGGAGGUCUCUGUUUCGCCGAAUACUAAGCCUAUCCAAGCGAUGUCAAACUCACAGCAUCAGCAAAUUCACAAAACAAGAGCGUCUAUUUUAUCCUGAACAUAACAAGGACAGUCAGGCUUUCAGUCAAAUGAUUCACAUGAGCAUCAGGAUUUAGCAUUCUGAUUCCUCCACUGAACUGCUUUCUCAUCUGAAUUAGGACAAGGGUGAGUUACACAAUGGAUUGGAUUAGUAUUUUGUUUGUUUGUUUGUUUGUUUUUACAGUGUUCGUGUCUUUGAUGUUUAAGAACACUAUUGAGUAUAAUAACAGAGGAUUAAGUAUUUAUUUGUGUCUUCCACUGUCUCCUAUAGAAUUGUCUUGGUUCUAAUUUUAAGUACUGUAUUUAUUUGUUCCCUAUCACAACACUCCUCAUCUAGUUUAUCACUUUGUUCAUUGUCGGUAGUUGAGAAUCAAGGUGAUUGUUCAGAAUGCUGAUGUUGAAAGUCAUAAUUAGAACUCGGAAAACAAGAACAUUAUAUAAUUCCAACAUCUUUAGGAUUGUCAUUUGGUGGGAACUAUAUGACCUGUGCUGUUUCUCAGUCUAUGUAAUUUAAACUGCAUUAAAAUAAGAUUAGACUCUGAAAUUCCUGUCUUGCACCAUGCAUUAGGCAUGAUCUCAAGAUUACAAUGUUAAAAGAAAAUAAAGACUGGAGGG